AUGACCACAAACAUUGCCGAGUCACUCAACUUGAUGUUGACGGAUGAACGGGAGUACCCCGUGUCGUACCUAUUUAAUUUAAUUGCUAGAAAAUUUGGUCAAAAGUUUAGGGAGCGGCAUGUCUUUGUCGACAGUACAAACAACAAAUUUGUGCCUUGUGCGAAAAAUAUCCUAAGGGAUAAUAAAAGUAUGAAUGAUUCAUUAUAUGUGACUAAUGCAAACGGCGGUCUCAAUCGAUUCACCGUGUUCGACAAUGGUGUUACUGCCAAGGUCAAUCUCUUGGACAGGAGUUGUUUUUGUAGGAAAUAUGACUUGGUGAAAAUGUCAUGCAAACAUGUGAUGGCCGCUUUGCGAGCAAAGUAUGGUGAUGGUGAAGGUUAUGGUAACUCCAUCUGCUUGUACUCUUCGUCAAUUUAUAAAGUUGAAACUUACCUCCUCACAUACUUUGAAGUUGUUAACGUUGUCCCUCCAGAGUUCGAAUGGACUGUGCCAUAA